AUGAGCUCAAAAGACAACCUGGCCCUGGAUCUGGAGCACGGCGUGCGACGCUGGGACCGCGCGCGAUGGAUUUCCGUCUUCAGUUCGCAUAACCCGACUAUACGCGAGGGGACGGAAUGUCUGGGUCUCGGCCUGUCUGCCUCUUCCUCGACUACGAACCGUGGAAUCCCCAAAUUCGACAAUCCCGAUUACCGGAAGCUGUCCAGUGAAGUCACCAAGCUGUCUAAGGAACUACCAAAAGAAAGAGACGCAUUGUUGGAUUUUGCAGCGGAUCCGCAAUCCCUGGACCAAGAACUGGAAGAGCUGCUAGCGAGUUAUGGACCCGCUAUUUGGGGCAGGGAUGCGGAUCGGAGCUGCUUACUGACGCCUGAUCCAACCAAGAAGACGUACAACAAGAAUUUGUUUUACGAGGAGCCCGACCACAAGGAAACAUUAAAGAUACAUCUGCACCGCUGGAUCAUCAUCAAGGCAUGCUACUAUAUCCGCAAUAUGAAGCUUAAGAGGCCAUCCGGCGCGAAUGAAUACGAUCAGCUUGCCGAUAUCGACGGUGACGGUGUGUCACCCCGUGGCACUCCACAGUCGCUUACUCCACCGGAUCCAGACACUGCUACCAGCGCUGACCUUGAAGUAAAGCCCAUCAAUCUGAAGAAGCGGAAAAGUAAUGUACACUUGACCAUAUCUGAUGACGACGAGAUGGACGUCACCCCUGUCAAGCGGCCGUACAGCACCAUGCCCAUCAGCCGAAAGGGUAGCCCUAGGAAGUCUCUAAAGUCACUCUACUCCGCCGGUCCAGGUAGUAUGGAGAAUGCACCGCCACUACCGACUCACGUCCAUCGCUUUUCACCCGCACCAGGAGCAGGGCCUGAAACUGCGAGAAUACAGCUGAGUGCUCUAUCAAGCAGCGAACUGAAUGGGGGCAACAGGCUCCCCAGUAUCACACAAAGCCCAGCACCCAGUGGCUUUACCGCAGUAAAUACUGGAAGCUUUACUCCGGUCAACACGACGCCUCCUUUGAAGGAGCCAUCACGAGAUGCAGUAGUACGGGAUGCUACACGGGAAGCUUCGAAAGAGGUACAGCGGCAUUCCCCUGCAUUGGGACACCGUCACAGCAGCAGCUAUACUAGCCCGUACGAACCAUCUGCGCAUGGUGCUGCGACGGCUCGACCUGCUACUGACCCCCCUCGCUCUGCACCUUCUGCCGCAUCCACGCCUGCUCUCGGUCAUGGACUGCAGCCGACGACUACACCUGCAGCGACCAAUGGAGCUAAUGGGCAGCCCCAGGACUCCCCUGCUGCCCAGCAUGCUCACAUUGCACCACAACCCCAACAGCCUCAAGGCCUGCAACGGUCACCACCUCAACCAACGCACCAGCCUCAACACACCCAACACUCUCAUCUUCCUUCUCAUCCACAUGUCCAGGCUCAACAGCAGCCUCCUCGACCGCCCAGUCGGGGUAAUACACCAGGCAUUUUAACGCGUUCCCUUGCACCUCAUCCUCCUCGCAGUAGAUCUAGUACACCACAUGCGCCGGUCGCAUCUCUUCAGCCCACUACGGCUCCUAAUAAGCAAGUCACAUCCGCACCUGCAUUGCAAAGCGCGCCUGCAUAUGGAAUGCACAUAGUUCCAAUGACGGACGCUCCUCCUGCGGUGGGCAGGCCGGCAGUGCCAACGACAGACCUUCGCCUCCUUCAAUGCGAAGUGACGGCCGGGCUCUUUACCUUCUUUUUUCCGCGGGCGACAAUGCCCCCAGAUGAAGCGGCGCUCCUUCAACGGUUGCACACGCUUUGGUUUCAUGGGGAGGCUCUCUUCCGGGCUGAACUUCCCACUCAUUACGAUCUCGUUUCCAAAAUCUUGACGGUAUGGCUUCACGAACGUCAAGCCAUUGCUGCGCUGCGUCACUCGAUGGCCUCCAGUCCGGGGGCGACGCAUGCGGGGCUUGUCGACCGGUUGCUAGCAAUGAAUGACCUCAGGGCCAUGCGACUCAAAUGGAAGAAUAUGAGUCCAAUCGAUGGGCUCAGCCCGGAAGACCUACUUUGUAUGGCUUUCAGGGCGAUGACGAAUACCGAGGGUAGCGAGUAUCUGUUCAAGGAUGGGUUAGCACGACUAGAGCUUGGGGUGUUUGAGUUUCUCCGCAAUGAGGACUCAAGGAUCGUUCUGCAAAGACGGGAUACCAAGGCGGUGUGA